ACAAGUAAGGCAAACAACUUGAAACAAUUCGAUACGCAACACACAUUGUUGUUUGUCUGCCCACCAGCCAGUCUUCAUAUGUAAUUUUGGCAAACAAAAUUCCUGUGACGACAAACGACUUGGACGACGACUAUUAUUCCCAUAAGCCCCUUCCAAAAAAAAAACAAUGCCGGAAACGAAGACGAAGACGCUCUGCAGCCCCAGCAAUGGCCUCGACCAAGAGGACGAGGCCGACGUCAUUGCAGCUGCCAAUCGCCUGGUCACUCGCACCCGCAGUCCCACCCAAAGCCACCCACAACCACACCCACGCCCACGCCACCCACAUCGCCAGCGUCCGCCGCAAGGUCGUCGGGAUGCCGCCGGCUUUACGGCCAACCAGGAGGUGCGGCUGAAGGCCGGCGACAUGCGCAUGGCCCGGAUGCAGAUCGGUCUCUCCCAGCUGCGCACCGAAAUGGAGGAGUCGAGCAAGCAGCUCAGGGAUCUCUGCAAGGCGAUGCGGGUCGAUGUGGACGCCGAGUAAAAUUUUGGGACAUAUCCCUAAAUAUAAUAGGAGAGAUCCAUGAAAUAUCGAAUUAUGCAAGAUGGAGGAACCUCUGCAAGGCGAUGCAGGUCAAUGUGCAUGCUGAGUAAUGAUUUGGGGACUGUCCUUAAAAAUGCUAGGAAGGAUACAUGAAAUUUGGAAUAACGCAGCUGAGAUGGAGGGUCUAUGUGAAUGCUGAGUAACAUUUUUGGGACUAUCCUUCAAUAUACUACGAGGGGUAUAUGAAAUUAAUAAUACUGAACCUAGA